CUCUCUCUCUCACACACCCAUUCCACAAUAUCAUUUCGUUCACUUUCAACAUGUUUGCGGCCUUCUAUCCCGAGAUUUAUCGUCUAAUCGGAGAGCAUCUGGACGACCCUCUGGAUCGCUUGAAGAGAACUUGGCUGGACUACGGCACCACCCUCAGUACUUCUCCGCUCCUGGUGAUUAGCGAGCGUAACGAGGAUGCCUCCCUACGGGCAUUUGCGCGCAUCUGUCGCAAAGUCUACGCAGCAGUACGCCCUCUCCUCUUCCGAAAGAUCUACAUCCACACCAUCGCUAUGGCGGAACGAGUUUUGCGUGCGGACUGGGCGGUGCAUGUGGUUGUGUUACAACUCAGCAUGCAAAUGUUCAACGGUGUGCUGGUCCAAGGCGAACGCCAUCGCUACCGGAAGCGGUCGUGCUGGGAGGAAAGCGCACUGCUUGUGCGCGUGCUGCGUGCACUCCCAAAUCUCGCUCACUUUGUGCUCUUCUCGGGAGUCACUGAUGAGACCACGCUCGCGCUCCUUUUCGCGGAACUCAUCCCUCGCGACGGGGCGCUUGGAUCCUCUAGCCACGCUGCGACCACCUUCCCCAGCCGCCUCCGCUCUUUGCAGUGGUCCCCGCUGUCCUACCACUGGCCCGAGGAGCGCACAUUUCCAAGCACACUGGACUUUGCAUCUCUCCACCACCUGCUCACACAUGCUGAUAAUCUCGACACCCUCCUCCUUGGAGCGGACGAUGAGCUGCGCAGCUUCGACGUUCUGGAAGCGUACCGCCACCUCAGCCAUCCCGUUCGACUCAUCGUCUCCUCUGAGAUCAGUGAGGAUAGUGGGGGGUGGCGAGAGCUGGUUCCUGCUCUCGCGAAGCAGGGGUUGAAGGAGCUAGCGAUGCACCGCUUGCCGGAAGAAUGCAGUGACCUCGGCACAGCGAUGGCGCUCUUGGCUCCACUCGCUGAGUCGGGUAGCACCGCCCUCGACAUAGGCUGGUUCCCAUUCGAGACUAAAGCGGAGGGCAAGGCGAUCGUCGAUAUCCUCCCAUAUGUGCUCGCGAAGAUGAUUUCGACACUCUGCACGAUCGGUGUGUGGGGGUCCUUGGGCUGGAUUCGAUGGGACGUCUCGCGCCUCAAGAGUGACUCUGGGCACGAGCAAAUCGAGCUCGAAAUCGUGCGCGAUGACUGGGUUAAGAGCGACAAGAGCCUACAGCAUAAGGACACCCACCUCGCCUAAAUCCGCCGAGCUCAGCUUGAGAACGAACGCGCCAACUUGGCCCCCUUCCGCCGCUGCCUUUGUGCACACAGCCACUCCGAUGCGCAACAACUUCCUCGAUUUCGAGCCAUACACGCCCUCUCCGUACCACCGUUGUGUUAGUAUACUUCUCUCACAGUUGUGAAACUCACUGUUAUUUGUAACUUUUCAAUGUAGCUAUUAUCCGGG